UGAGAGAGUGAGAGACAGAGAGAGAGAGAGAGACGGAGACAGAGAGGCUCAUCUCAGACUUCUGGCGGCAGGCUGCAAAGUUUCCACCCUGCAAACACGGCCAUGCAGCUUUCGGGCCGGAGCGCCACACCUCCCCGCCAGGGCCCGCUUCUCACAUGGAAUUCGCCCCUCUGAAGCCCGGAAUCAACCUCUCAUUGCGUCGUUGUACUGGAGCUGAGCUGAGGCGGUUGUUUUAUGUCUAACAACAACAUCAUCAUCAUCUCUGGUGCCAUUCGUUGCACAACUAAUGCUUCUACUUUUGUGAGUGAAGAAUAAUAAUAAUAAUAAUAAUCAUAUGUUCCGUGGCCUGCUCGACAACAGAGCGCACCGCGGAUUCAAAGUGGGAAUCCGAUUUAAAUCAGUCAUAGAUGUCCUGUCAGCCGGAAGCAGGCCCGCAGCUGGAGACCACAGCAAAAGUUGACGCACUGAAAUCCGAAGACGCGACGAGUCGUGACGGAUGCGCCGCGCCGCGCGUCUGCCGCGGGGACGCAGGGCGCAAUGAGGCGGCCCCGGCUCCGGAGCGCCAUCAGCCGACGCCGCGCAAGAUGACCCGGAGCCCCAAAUGCGCCCGCUGCCGCAACCACGGCGUCGUGUCGUGCUUGAAAGGCCACAAACGCUUCUGCCGCUGGAGGGACUGUCGCUGUGACUGCUGCCUGCUGGUGGUGGAGCGGCAGCGCGUCAUGGCAGCGCAGGUCGCUCUGAGGAGGCAGCAGGCGGCGGAGGUGAGGAGGGCGCAAGGGCAGGGUAAGCGGGGGGUCAGGUGUGCAGGUCCGUCGCGGAGGACCGCCUACCAGCGUUAUGCAGCCGAACAUAGCAUGCUGGCUAAGAGCAUCCUUCAGGGGCUCAAACCGGCGGCGGCGCCGCAGGACGACGUCUUCUGCUGGCCGAAGCAGCCGCAGCGCGACCAGGCAACCUUCGCGUGCCCACCGUCCAUCAGUAGCCGCAUGAGGAAGAGGCGAGCCUUCGCCGACAAGGAGCUGGAGAACGUGAUGCUGGAGCGGGAGCUGAGACAGAGAGGGCUGCACGCCGACCUGUCCUUCUCCUCCUCCUCCUCCUCCUCCUCCUCCUCCGGCCUCGUCCCCUUGCUCCACCCUCCGCCCCCGCCGCCGCCGCCGCCGGUCUCCCCGAGCCUCCACUGCUGCCUUCUCGGCAAGGAACCCACUACCGCGGGGACGUCCACCUAUGCGCCCGUGUGUAAAUACAAGCCUCUGUACGAGCGGGACUUUCAGUUCUAUCACUUCUUCCAGCUGAGGAGCAGGCCGUCCGUAGAGGGAGGCUGCACUGACGUCUCAUGUCAGAGCUCGGAGCGAACCACCGGGAGGGAUGAGGAGGGGCUGAGUGGCCGCGAAAAGAAUGACGGACCAGAGUCGAUGCCUCCAUCAUCGAGACAAAUACUCAAAGAUCACGGCGGCACCGUGUCAGACCUUGUCAAACCCCCCUCAAGAUCAAGAGAGAUAACGGACACUAAUGACUCCUCAACCGUCCCGCGCGGCGUUUCGGGGCGGGAUCAGGGGACCCCGGGCGGGCCGGGCGCCACGGCUUUCGACCCCAGACCCCCGGCAGCCACUUUGGCCGCUCACGCGGGUCCCCGUGGCGACCCUGUCAAGAGCCCCCGCGGCGGCUCGGCCAGGAGCCCGACCGCGAAGCCGUUACCCUUCUCCGUGGAGGCUCUUCUCAGGGCCUGACGGGACAAACGGAAAGCAGCGUACUACACCUCACAGUCCAGUGAAUAAAUAAAAGGUAGCGCUAGUGGCUGCUUGCUGUUCAGUGGAGUUUUUACUCACAAUUGCCAGAACAUUGAUUUAAUUGAAGAAUCAUUCAUUUCUAUUUAUUUUUUCCUAGUUUUUAUAAAAAUGUAUUUAGUUAUAUUUCCAUUACGAUAUAGCAAUGAAACAGUGGCGGGCCAUGUGGGCCAGCAAGCCCUUCCCUGCUGGGCUAAACGUCAUCAAAAUAUAAAUGUAAUUUUGAUAUAUUUGUCCAGAAAUAUAUAUCCAAUUAUUCCCGAAAUAAUCUUUUUAAAUAUUUUUUCUCUUGGUUGUGCCGCUUCCAGCCUCAGACAGGAAGGAAUCUGUCCUUAGGCCUUCAGAAUCAUCCGCGCAAGUGUCUGUAGCUCAAAGUGAACCCGAAACCAGACUGGAGCAUCGAUAUCAACGAUAGAAUUUUGAAUUUGGCGACUCUGGCUAGCGAGCUUACAAUGACGGCGUUUGAUUGGCCAUGUGCACUCGUGAGAGGCAGAGCUAUGCAGAGCGUUCAGGACUGAAUGACAUCACUGUAGGCCGAAACAUAUACUGUAGGUACUUGAUAACUAGAUUUCUAGAUUUAACUAGAUGCGUUUGCUUACAUUGAGCAUCUUUUCUACUAAAUAUUUUUAGUAACAGUAUUCUAUAAAAACAUACUGAACAAUUCUGUUUUGAUCCUCUCAAAAUCAUCACUUGUUCU